AUGGAGCGUUGCAACGAUCAGAGGGUUGACGACCCAUUGCCUACCCCGAUUCAUCCCAUCGACUCGGAGGCAGGCUCGACUCCUCGUCUCUUGGCGCCCUUGGCACCUUCCCACCUGAACCAAAAACCCAAACUGAAUGCUUUCCCCUCGUCUUCUGGAGAACCCUCUCCGACUGACUUACAGACGACUCUCGUCUCUCAAGUUCUGGUCUCCAACGACGACCUCGGAGCGCAUGCCAGAGACGAAAAGCCUGGCAUCAACGAUGGAGAAGACGACAACGACGACGACGAUUAUGACGAAUACCUUCGUUGGAGUCUGAAUCCAGAGAGACAUCGCAAGGUCUCGGAGAAGAAGCGCCGCGAUCACGCACUGUUCCAGUCAUGGAUCAAGUCUAACCAAAGCAAGGUACUGGAUGAAGCUUCCAAGACGUCCAAGGAACAUAAGCCUGGUUCCGUGGCACACCUGAUGAAGCUGGAGAGUGAAAGGUUCAAGAUCAUCCAAACCCCACGAGAAUAUCAAAUCGAGCUUUUCGAGAAAGCCAAGAAAAAGAACACUAUCGUGGUCUUGAAUACCGGAUCCGGAAAGACUCUAAUCGCAGGUUUGCUGCUUCGUCACAUCCUCGAAAAGGAGAUUGAAGAUCGCGCAGCCGGAAAGCUUAAGCGGAUUGCCUUCUUCCUGGUGGACAAGGUGUCCCUCGUCUUUCAGCAGCAUGCAGUCCUCGAUUGCAACCUGGAGCACCCAGUCGGUCGUUUCUGCGGUGACAUGGUUGAUGAGAUGUGGUCCCGCGAGUUCUGGGCCCAGCAAUUUGAAGAGAAUAUGGUCAUCGUCUGCACCGCGGCCAUUCUACAGAAAUGUCUGACCCACUCAUACAUCCGCAUGAACCAGAUCAACCUUCUUGUCUUUGAUGAGGCCCAUCAUACGAAGAAGAACCAUCCGUACGCUCGCAUCAUCAAGGACUUCUACAUCAAGGUACCUGCCAAAGAAAUGAGACCGAGAAUCCUCGGUAUGACGGCCUCCCCUGUCGAUGCUCAGACGGACGUCAAGAUUGCUACCGCUCAGCUUGAAUGCCUUCUUCACAGCGAAAUUGCAACCGUGUCCGAGGAGUCACUCUAUAGCAACUCUACCGCUCGAAACAUAACGGAAAUCGAGGUUCAUUAUAGCAGUCUCCCUGUUCCUUACGAGACCAAGCUGUACCAGAAAGUCAGCGCUCUUGUGGGCUGCAAUCCGCACUUCAGUAAAGAGCUUUCUUUUGCAAAGGCUGCAACCUCAUCACUCGGCCCUUGGGCGGCAGAUCGCUUCUGGCAGCUUUUUCUGACAGACGAGACAAUUUUGCGGCUCGCACAAAGGACCGAUAUGACCUACUCCGGCCUCAAAUCCAACGACAAAGAGACUGCAGCAGUUCAGAAGCUUCGAGAUGUCAUCCAGGGGCACGAGUUCAACUCUGCCACUCCGACUCUGGAUCAGUUAUCUAUCAAGGUCCUUAGGCUAUGGGAAGAGCUAAAACUCCGCUUCACGAAUGGUCCGGGGUAUCGUUGCAUUGUCUUCGUAGAGAUGAGACUCACAGCCGUGCUGCUUGCGGAUCUUUUUAAGCAGGAGGGCAUCAAACUCCCAUAUCUCAGCCCGGCAAUGCUAGUCGGCAGCCAGGCAGCUACGGGACUUGCAAACAUGUCAUUCAAGCAGCAGGUCUUGACCAUCCACAAGUUCAGGCAAGCGGAAGUCAACUGUCUCUUCGCUACCCAGGUCGCCGAAGAAGGGCUCGACAUACCCGACUGCAACCUUGUCAUGCGAUUCGACCUUUACAAAUCAGUGAUUCAGUACAUUCAAUCAAAAGGACGCGCCAGACGUCAGGACUCAGAGUACCUCUCAUUCAUCGAGGGCGGCAACGGAAGACAGGCCCGCGUGGUACUCCAGGCCACGUACGAUCAGAAUGUUCUCCGUCGCUUUUGCAACGCAUUGCCCGAGGACAAGAAGAUCAUGGGCUUCGAUAUCUCGUCCAGCGUUCUCAAAGGAGACCUGCACUACAAAACCUACCUCAUCAAGUCCACCGGCGCGAUGCUGACAUGGACAUCUAGUCUCGAAGUGCUGGCCAACUUCGCCUCCUCGUUACGCCAAUUCAAUGACGAGGUCUUGGCGCCCGAAUACGUAGUUAUAAACCAGGGACAGAACUUCAUUGCAGAGGUUCAGUUACCAGCAAAGUCUCCGAUCAUGCAUAUGACAGGGUUCCCACACAGUAACAUGAAGGCAGCCCGCUGCUCUGCUGCGUUCGAAAUGUGCAAGGAGCUGAUCAAGAAGAAGUACAUUGAUCACAACUUACAUCCUGUGUUCAUCAAGAAACUUCCUGCCAUGCGAAAUGCUCGUCUCGCCGUCAGUGCCAACAAGAAGUCAGAGUACAAGAUGAGAACCAAGCCAGAGGUCUGGUCUCGUCUUGGCCCUUUCGGUCGACUCUACGUCAGUGCUUUAGUCCUCGCAACCCCCGGUGCUGUGGGUAGAGAUUCCAAACCGCUGUUACUACUCACCAGAGAAAAGCUACCGGAUCUUCCGGUCAUUCCUCUGUGUUUCGGAAAUGAACAACAAUCGGAAGCCUUUGUCGUGUCUCUUCCGACUCCUAUUCGGGUUUCCGAAAACGAGUCAGAGCUCUUGAAGACAUUCACUUUCCGCAUCUUCAAGGACGUAUUCAGCAAGGAAUACGAAGCGAAUACUCAGAAUGUUCCUUACUUUCUCGCCCCAACCCGGUGCCACCAUUCUGGUGGCCUGAAGAGAGCAGAUGCGACUACUUUGAUUGAUUGGGAUCAUUUACGGACCACAAAGGACAUAGAGUAUCUGGAAUGGGAAGACGGCACUGCAGAUGAAUUUUUCAAUCAAAAACUCGUCAUCGAUCCUUCUGCGGGUUCUCGGAAGUUCUACUUGCGGGGAGUUCGUAAAGAUAUGAAACCAAUGGACCCGGUCCCAGAGGGCGUGCCCGAUCCUGGUCACAGAGCCUGGCGUGAUCCGGCGCUGGAGAAGAAUAUCAAAGAGUACAGCGUGAGCCUGUGGGCGAAGAGCCGAACGAAAAGAACGUGGAGAGACACUCAGCCUGUCGUUGAAGCCGAAGUCGUUUCGCUGAGGCGAAAUCUCCUUGACGACUUUGUAGAGGUCGCGGCCGAGGGGUCCAAAAUAUGCUACCUUAUAUUGGAGCCUAUGAGAGUGUCAACUCUCCCAAUCGACACGGUUGUCAUGGCGUUCGCUUUUCCCGCGCUCAUCCACCGCAUUGAUUCGGUCAUGAUUGCCCUAGAUGCAUGCAAGCUUCUAGAACUCAAUAUCAGGCCCGAUCUGGCUCUCGAGGCCGUUACAAAAGACUCGGAUAACAGCGAUGAGCACGACAAAGAGAAGAUCAAUUUUCAAAGCGGGAUGGGGAAAAACUACGAACGACUGGAGUUUCUCGGGGAUUGUUUUUUGAAGAUGGCUACAACGAUCGCCAUCUUCACUGAAAAUCCGGACAGCAACGAGUUCGGGUACCAUGUUGAUCGCAUGCUUUUGAUCUGCAACCAGAACCUCUUCAAUAAGGCCGUGGACAGAAAUUUGCCAGAAUAUGUGCGCUCGAAGUCAUUCGAUCGUCGCAGCUGGUAUCCGUCAGGACUGCGCCUCAUCCGAGGCAAAGAGGGUUCAGUGAACCUUAGGCACGCUCUGGCGGACAAAUCUGUCGCCGACGUCUGUGAGGCUCUCAUCGGCGCUGCAUACUUGACGUACGCAGAUAGCAGUGACUUCGACAUGGCGAUAAGGGCCGUCACUGCUGUGGUCAAGAGCAAGAAUCACCUCAUGACGUCGUGGGGAGAUUACUACGCCGCCUACACCCCUCCCGCGUGGCAAUUCGCAGAUCCGACUCCCAUGCAGAAGGAAUUGGCGCGUCAGAUUAAGGACAAGUUGGGGUACGAGUUCAAGUCUCCUGCGCUCCUCCGGAGUGCCUUUAAACAUCCGUCGUAUCCCCGGGCAUACGAGAAUCUGCCCGACUACCAGCGUCUGGAGUUCCUUGGUGACGCCCUGCUUGACAUGGUCUGCGUGGACUUUCUCUUCCACAAGUUCCCGGAUGCUGAUCCUCAGUGGCUCACGGAGCACAAGACAGCCAUGGUCAGCAAUCAAUUCCUGGCAAGUCUUUGCGUCAAGCUUGGCCUUCACAAGCACGUCCUAUCCGGUCACGCGUCGCUGCUGAAUCAGACUCAUGACUUUGUCGUCUCACUUGAGAGCGCCAAGAAAGACGGGGAAGCCGACGGGACAUUCACGCAAGCUUACUGGAUCAAUGUCCAGCACGCGCCCAAGUAUCUUUCCGACGUCGUCGAAGCCUACAUUGGCGCCAUCUUCAUCGACUCAGGCUACGACUACAACCACGUCCGCGUAUUUUUCGACACGCACAUCCGGCCUUUCUUCACGGACAUGGCGCUAUACGAUUCUUUCGCCAGCCGUCACCCGGUCACGAACCUCGCCCACAUCUUGCAAGACGGCUUUGGAUGUCAGGAGUGGCGCCUGAUGGUUAGCGAAGUCGCGCCAACCGUCGAAGAGUUCGGGGCCGCGGCCAUCACCAGUUCCCAGAUUCUCUGCGGCGUCAUACUGCACGGGCAAAUCUACUUUCACGCGGCGGCGGCUAGUGGAAGAUAUGCUAAGAUCGCGGCCGCGAAGGCGGCGAUCGAACAGUUGGGUGAUUUGGCGGUGGAGACCUUCAGGAAGGAGUUUGGGUGCGACUGUGAGGCCCAGGGGGGCGAGCAUGCCAUUGCAGACCAUGGUACUGCCAUUUGA